AUGGCGCUACAAACUCUGGCGGUUGCUGCGCUCGCUGUGGUAUACUUGGUGAUCCGCUACUUGAAUCGCACCGAUAUUCCCAAAAUCAAGGGUCUUCCUGAGAUCCCAGGAGUCCCGAUCUUGGGUAAUCUGAUACAACUGGGGGAGCAACAUGCGACAGUGGCUGCCAACUGGGCCAAGAAGUACGGGCCUGUGUUCCAAGUCCGCAUGGGCAACAAGCGUGUGGUCUUUGCCAACAGCUUCGACUCCGUCCGCCAGUUGUGGAUCAAAGAUCAGUCUGCUCUGAUUUCGCGCCCGACAUUCCAUACCUUCCACAGUGUUGUAUCCAGCUCGCAGGGUUUCACGAUUGGCACGUCGCCAUGGGAUGAAUCCUGUAAGCGCCGACGGAAGGCAGCUGCAACAGCGCUCAACCGUCCCGCCGUCCAAUCGUACAUGCCCAUCAUCGAUCUGGAAUGCACGGCCAGUAUCAAGGAGCUCUUCCAGAAUAGUGUCAACGGCACCGUGGAUAUCAACCCUACUACAUACUUCCAGCGCUUCGCCCUCAACACGAGUUUAACCCUCAACUAUGGCUUCCGGAUCGAGGGCAAUGUGGACGACCGGCUGCUCCAUGAGAUCGUCAGUGUGGAACGUGGGGUUUCUAACUUCCGGAGCACGAGCAAUAACUGGCAGGAUUAUGUGCCCUUGCUUCGAAUCUUCCCCAAGAUGAACACCGAGGCCAAUGAGUUCCGUGUCCGACGCGACAAGUAUCUGACCUAUCUUCUCGAUAUGCUCAAGGAGCGCAUGGCCAAGGGAACGGACAAGCCCUGCAUUACUGGUAACAUUCUAAAGGAUCCCGACGCCAAGCUCAACGACGAUGAGGUCAAAUCCAUCUGUCUGACCAUGGUCUCUGCGGGUCUGGAUACUGUUCCCGGCAACCUGAUCAUGGGUAUCGCGUACCUGGCCUCUGCCGAUGGCCAGCGGAUCCAGACGAGAGCGUACGACGAAAUCAUGACGGUCUACCCCGACGGCGACGCAUGGGAGAAGUGUCUGGAGGAAGAGCAACUGCCUUACGUGACUGCCCUGGUCAAGGAAACUCUCCGCUUCUGGACCGUUAUCCCAAUCUGUCUGCCGCGUGAAAGCACCAAGGAGAUCACCUGGAACGGAGCCCAGAUUCCUGCCGGGACUACCUUCUUCAUGAACGCCUGGGCUGCCGACUACGAUGAGGACCAUUUCAAGGAGGCGCAUCGGUUUAUUCCCGAGCGCUAUCUGGAUGUGGGCGAGGGUUCUGGGACACCACACUACGGCUACGGGGCGGGUUCGCGCAUGUGUGCUGGAUCUCACCUGGCCAACCGGGAGCUCUUUACUGCGUAUGUCCGACUGAUUACUGCAUUUACCAUGCAUCCAGCCACGAAGAUCGAGGACCAUCCUAUCCUGGACGCCAUUGACUGCAACAUGAUCCCGACGGCGCUGACUACCGAACCCAAGCCGUUCAAGGUGGGUUUCAAGGCGCGCGAUCCGAAACGGCUGCAGCGCUGGAUUGACGAGAGUGAUGAGCGGACGAAAGAUCUGUAA